AGUACCCACAGCAACACCGACUACAUUUCCGUCAGCAGUGUGACCGCUAGCAAAGGCGGAGCCGUACAUCCCUUCUGUGUGUUCUGUCACGAGCCCACUUUUAUACCGCAGAACACUGACGGUGCACCCGCCGUCCACAAGCACAGGACUACCCGAGAACCCCCCUCGUUUGAAGUGGGAAACCAACAUGGCGACGUCCAGCUCCUGUGUUGUGAUCAGCGAUGAGGAGCAGGGCUACGACCUGGAUCUCUUCUGCAUCCCCAGGCACUACGCCUCCGAUCUGGAGAGGGUGUACAUCCCCCACGGUCUCAUCUUGGAUAGGACGGAGAGGCUGGCCAGAGAGAUCAUGAAAGAAAUGGGGGGACACCACAUCGUGGCCCUUUGCGUGCUGAAAGGCGGAUACAAAUUUUUCGCCGACCUGUUGGACUACAUCAAGGCUCUGAACAGGAACAGCGACCGCUCCAUUCCCAUGACCGUGGACUUCAUUCGCCUUAAAAGCUACUAUAACGACCAGUCGACAGGGGAAAUCAAAGUGAUCGGUGGAGACGACCUGUCUACCCUAACCGGCAAGAACGUCUUGAUUGUGGAGGACAUCAUCGACACAGGAAAGACGAUGCAGACGUUAUUGGAGCUCCUCAAGCAGUACAACCCCAAAAUGGUGAAAGUAGCCAGUUUGUUGGUGAAGAGGACGCCACGGAGUGUCGGCUACCGGCCGGACUAUGUAGGAUUUGAAGUCCCAGAUAAGUUUGUGGUGGGAUACGCUCUGGACUACAACGAGUAUUUUAGAGAUCUUAAUCACAUCUGCGUUAUUAGCGAAACGGGAAAGGAGAAGUACAAAGCAUGAGGGAGCACUUUGUGUUGGUUUGGCUGCAGCGCUUUCUUUUGCUGUUCAUUUCCCGUUUGAGGGCUGCUUUGUGUGGAUGAAAUACUCGGCCUGAUCAGGGUUUACGAAGACGCGCCGACGAUCCUGCCUCAUAACAGACACAGAAGAUGCUAAAGUGGUUGCCCUGGAAACCAUCCGGGUUAAAGUGCAUGAAGCCCAGAUUCAGGCUCAGCUGAAGUGAAGCUUUUAUGCCCCCCCAUGCUGAGCUUUUGUUCUGUAAUUGUUUUUUUUUUUUAAAUAUUUUUCUAAGAAUUAAUUUAUUCAAAGAAAAUGCUGCUAGCGUAAAGUACAAAAUGAAAACUAUUGUAAAUUUCCCGCCCUUUAUUUAAAAAAAAAAAAAUUUUGCUUUUAGUGUAAUUCCUGGACUUACUGGCUGUGGAUCUCUGAACGCUCUUAAAAAGAGGAUGUUGCAAUUUGUUGUCUGUGUGUAUAUUUUGGGACACUUUUACAGCCUGUUGUGAGAAGAGCUCCCUGCAGAGUCACUGUGGUGCAGAAAAACCUGAAUGUGGUCCCCGAUCGAGUGUGGGGUUUUGCCAAAGAUGAAAUGCCAUAAUGUUUGCUCAAAGAUUUCAUGAGCAUUCAAUCAAAGCUGAAGAUUUGUACGAUUGGUUUAAAUUUGUUCAUCAAACUUCUAAUACCUUCUGUCCUCUGUUUUCUAAAUCAGAAAAAUGCUUUUUCAACCCACUGUUCCCCUUCAAGCUAAAAGGUUUUCAAUUAUUUUAAACUCCCGAACUUCUUCUAAAUCUGUUAUUAAAAAUAGCUGAACCCUGA